UCCCAGUUCUACGCUGAUGUCGGGACAAAAAACAUGACCACCAGGAGAAUCGCAGUGGACACCUUCCAGAAGAAUCUGGAAAUCAUGCAGGCUUUCUUUGGCCUUGAGGUGACAGGUAAACUGGACAGCAGCACCCUGGAGGUGAUGAAGAAGCCAAGGUGUGGCGUUUCAGAUAUCAGCAGGUAUGGGCACUUCUUCGGGAAGCCAAAAUGGGAGAAGACCAUCAUUACCUACAGGGUGACCCAGUACACCAACGAUCUGAGCCGGAGUGAGGUGGACGCGACCCUCGCCAAGGCCUUCAAGUUGUACAGUGACGUCACGCCCCUGAAGUUCGAGCAGAUCCACAGCGGCACUGCUGACAUCAUGAUCCUCUUUAAGGGUGGUGAUCACGGAGACUUCUACCCGUUCGAUGGGCCUAAUGGAGUCCUGGCUCAUGCCAACUCGCCGGGGCUGAACCAAGGUGGUGACACACACUUCGACGAGGAUGAGCGUUGGACCCUGAGCCAGAGAGGGGUAAACCUGCUGCUGGUGGCUGCGCAUGAGUUUGGCCACGCUCUGGGGCUGGACCACUCCCGGGACAGAAAAGCUCUGAUGUAUCCCACCUAUCAGUACGUGGACACUGAGGGCUACCAGCUACCCGAGGAUGACAGGCUGGGGAUCCAGGAUUUAUAUGGUAAAUACCCUAAUCCAGAGCCUGAACCAGAACCAGAACCAGAACCAGAACCCAAACCAGAUCCCAAACCAGGCCCUAAACCAGACCCAACACCAGAUCCCAGACCCAACCCUAAGGAUGAACAGUGUACCAGGGGCCUUGUGUUUGAUGCUGCCACAAGCAUCAGAAGAGAACUUUAUUUCUUCAAAAAUGGUUACUACUGGAAGAAAAGUGGCUAUUUCCGGGGAAUAAGGUUCAGGACUGUAAAAUCAACCUGGUCUCAGAUCAGUUAUGUAGAUGCUGCAUAUGAAAACACAGCCAAAGAUGUUGCCUUCUUUUUUGAAGGCAAUCAGUACUGGGGGAUAAACGGUUACAGGAUUCUUCCUGGAUACCCCAAGCAUAUCUCCAGUUUAGGGUUCCCUUCAUGGGUGACUAAAAUUGAUGCAGCUGUUUAUGUGGCAACAACCAGAAGAACCCUCUUCUUUGUCAAAAACCAGUACUGGAGCUUUGAUGAGGCCAGGGGCCAGAUGGACUAUGGAUAUCCCAGAUAUAUCACUUAUGACUUCCCAGGAAUUGGUUCAAAGGUGGAUGCUGCCUUUGAGAACUAUGGUUAUCUGUAUUUCUCAGACGGAGCGCAGCAGAGCGAGUAUCACUAUGGCGCGAGAAGAGUGAUUCGUGUUCUUUUAAACUACGGCUGGCUGGACUGCUACUAA